AUGCAGAUCAAGCGCUUCCUCGUCUUUGGCGCCUCUGGUCGCUCCGGCCGUCAGAUCUGCCGCAUAGCCAAAAAGAAGCAACACUACGUCGUCGCGGUCAUCCGGAAUCCUGAUCAGUCCGUCCUCCGUCUAUCCCCCACUCUUCUCAAGCUCACUAUACUGAUCCCCAGAGCCAAAGACUUUGAAGACGCAGGUAUCCAUACAGCCCUAUUCGAUAUCUCCAAAGCAUCACCACACGAAUACGUCAAGCUCCUACAUCACUGGCGGGCCGAGGUGGUCGUCUGGGCCGCUGGGACGUCAGAGGACGAGCUGGCCCAGACGAUAGACUAUGGUGCGCAGGUGAAUGUCUAUGACGCGAUGGAGGAAGCGGGGGUGAGGCGGGUGAUGGUGGUUGGGAGUAUCGGGAUAUGGAAGGAGGGGACGGAUUGGCCAGAGUGGUAUGAUGAGGCUGCUAGCAAGUCGUCUUUGCUUCAUGGCUCUCAGCGCAGUGUGGGACGGAUACGAAGCUUCGUACCGAAGAUCGUGGAAGCCAAAUAUCAAGCCGAGCAUCACCUCCGCCAGCUCAAACACAUCGAUUACACCAUCAUCCGUCCAGGGGGACUGACAAUUGAAGAUGCCUCUGGCGCAGCACUAGGCAAGGUCGGAGUCGGCUCGACCAGUCGUGAACUAGUAGCUCAGCUUCUCGUCGCCAGCAUCAGCAACCCAGGGAUGUUCGGCCGUACUAUCGACGUGCUGAACGGUGACGAGUCGUUAGCGGACGAGAUCAAAAAGGUGGUCAAGGAGGAUAUCGAUACUUGGGUCGGCGAGGGAUAG